AUGGCCGAUCUCAAGACGUGGGGUCUCCCUCGACUGGGCCAGCUUCUUCCUCUAGACGAGGAGUCCUUGUCUCAAAUCAUCGACUAUUCCGCCAGUCUCCCGGUAGACGCCUGUGCUGACCACCUCAAAAACCUGCUUGGCGACUCCCCCGCCGCGCUCGAGUUCAUCGCCUCUUUCAAUAAUCGCCGCUCCCCCCCAAUCACCCGCCCCUGCUGCAAGAAACGAUGUCUCCUCUUCAUACCGUGA